AUGGCUGCCGCAUGCGGCAUUACCAUUCUGAUCGUAUAUUCGAUCAUCAUAAUCUCUGAUGAUGUCCGUCUCGGCACCUUACCCUUGGCAAGGCCGGGGCGGGCGGUAGGGGAACUUACCAUUGACUUGGAUCCACAUCUCGGCUUAGGAAACCAUAUGUUUCAGUACGCCAGUCUAAUAGGUUUGGCAAUGAGCAACAGAUUGGUGCCGGUUCUCAUGGACGGGUCUUUCUUGGCUGACAUAUUUGAAUUAGGUGAACCUCCGCGGAUAAUUCACAAGGAUACCUCCUUGCCAACUCGGUUGACUAUUCAAGAAGAUAAGUGUUGUGUUUAUGAAGGCAUGGAAAUAGAAAUGCCCUCUGUUAAUGGGAGGCCUUGGCGAGGGGAGUUAAAGGGGUAUAGACAGUCUUGGAAAUACUUCUUUGAGAACAGGGAAACGAUUAAGCGGCAUUUUGCCUUCAAAUCAUAUGCAAGAGACGCGGCACGGAAGUUCCUUCACAGAGUCCUACAGAACCACGGAGAUAAACACUCUGUUGUCGCCGUGCAUGUGCGUAGAGGGGAUAUGUUGGCAGGAGUUAAUGUACAGUUCGGGUAUGAAGUUCCCUGGUCAUAUUUCUUCAAAAUAGCAAUGGAAGAGUUUCGACGGUUGUACAAAGACGUUGUGUUCGUCGUGUGUUCGAUUGACAUGGUUUGGUCAAAAAACAAUAUCAAAUCAACGCAGAAUGACAUUGUUUUUGUUGAUGGAGGAAAUAAACCGGAAGUAGACUUGGCCAUUAUGGCAAAUUGCAACCACACGAUCGUGUCGGUUGGGACGUUUGGCUGGUGGGCUGGCUGGCUUGCUGGUGGUCACGUGAUAUAUUACAAGACUCCAGCAAGACCAGGCUCAGAUCUGGAGAAGCUGUUUAACUACCAUGACUAUUAUCCACGGGCAUGGCAAGCUAUGGAGUAA